UAAUUCUAAAUACGCUAUACCCACAGCUCACCAGAAUCUUGGUCUCCACCCUAGAACUGAAUCCCGCCAAAGCUAUGGCCUUGUCCUCUAUGCGGAAUCUGGCUCGGUCCGGCCUCCCUCUUCCGUUAUUUAGGACCCAGUUCGAAAGAACCCGGCUUGAAAGGACCCAGUUCGUCAGGACCUUUUGGAAGAGUAGCAAAGGGCGAAUGGAAAAAGACUUGGAAGAGAAGCUGAAACAGCUCAUUGACCAGGGGAUUAAAGUUGAGAUCGUCGAAGAUGGCAACCAGCCAAGAGGCACGUACACUAUAGAAGUACAUCCCCACACUUUGAAGGUGAUGGAAGUUUGGGGCAAGCAGAUGAAGAUUUUAGGGAUGCUGAGUGAUCUAUACAUUCUUGCUGAAGUCAAGUUGACUUUGAAUGAGUCCGGUUUGUUGGCAUCCUUGUACCAGCACGGCCCAAUUGCCACCUGGAGAGCAGUAGCUCAGAGAAUGAAAGGGAAAGCUAUUGAUUCUGCUCAUGAGCUAAAGAUAACAGAGACAUGGCUAGAUAGGAUUGGACCAUUGGCCAAAGAAGUCUCUACUGUUCUCAUCAUUUGUCAGAAACAAAAGAAGACAGCCUCACAACCUGAAGAAGGUAGCCUAGAGGUCCUCCCCCAUGACUUUGGAUCCAUUUUGAUCAAACUUUCCCAACUUCGUUUGAAAUGGAAGGUCAUUGCUUCUUUGGAGAGUGUAACACUAAUGGAUGACUCUGAGAUGGAAGACAUGAAUGAGAUAGAAUCGAUAAUCAGAGAUGUACACAAGGUUGUGGUUAUCCAACAACUGUUGCAAAAAUAACUUUGGAUAGGACUUGGCUUUAGUUAACCAUGGAGACUUUAUAUCAUGACUUUAGGAAAUUUGUUUAGCUAUAAGCUAGUUUGUGUAUUGCUUCAUGUUAAGACUUAUGGUAAUUUGUUAGCUACUAUGUGUGAUACUUCAGGUUUAGACUUCCGGAUUCUUGUUAGCUAAUUGUCUGUUGAUUCAUCUA